AUUCCCAUCAUCAAUUCAACUCAACUCAAAUUUCCAUUUAUUUUUCUCUUUCAAAUUUUCGAAAAAUGUCGGGUCGUGGCAAGGGUGGCAAGGGAUUAGGAAAGGGAGGAGCAAAACGACAUCGUAAGGUGCUUCGUGACAACAUUCAGGGAAUUACUAAGCCUGCUAUUAGGCGUUUGGCUCGUAGAGGUGGUGUGAAGCGUAUUUCUGGAUUGAUUUAUGAAGAGACACGUGGAGUUCUUAAGAUGUUCUUGGAGAAUGUGAUUCGUGAUGCUGUGACUUAUACUGAGCAUGCUAGGAGAAAGACUGUUACAGCUAUGGAUGUUGUUUAUGCUUUGAAAAGACAAGGAAGAACUCUUUAUGGAUUUGAUGGUUAAGUUUGUUUUAGAUUUUGGGUUGUUGGGUAAUUAGUUUCUUAUAAUUAUGUUAAUGUAAUGUUGCCAGAUCUAUGAAAUAUCUUAUUUCUGUAUUGGAUUUGGUCAUUUAUGAAUCUGAAUGUGAAGAAUGGUUCAUUUUGUGGAAAAA